GUGGUAACGAAAGACCGCGCAUUUUUUUUUUAGUUUUUUUUUUUUGUUUCAAAGAAACCGGCUCAGAACUCCUUAAACGAAACGGAAAUGAAUAUCGGUGCCGGAAAGGAACGAAAGAUGGUGUUUAUUCCUAAAUUCCGUGUCAUUCCAACAGUGUCUUACAAUUUGGACCGAUUGGCGGGCGAAAAUAAUGUUUUGAUAAAUAGGAUCAUCAGAGAGAUGGAGUCCUGCAACCAGAGCCAAUUGUCCACCGCACCUUCUCAACAGUUUUGUGCCUUCUGCCUGCGUGCCCGACUUCCAAAUGUCGAGUUCUACAAGCACAUCGUGGGCAGUACCGUCGAGCUGCGAAAGUCGCUCCAGGCCCUGCUCGGGUACGAGUUCCGGCUGGAAAACUUUGCCAUCUGCAAGCCCUGCUGGAAGAUCAUGCAGCUGAACCAGGACUUCCGGUUGCGCUGCAUGAAGGCGAACAAACUGGCGGAGCGGCGCUUUAGCCAGGGUUUGGGCAGCGAAGAUGGGUGGUUUUCCGCGCGCAAUCUGGCGACCAUUGAGAGCCUCCGGAUGGUGGUCAAAGAUCAGCUGCUGCAGAUCGAGAAGGUGGAUGUGAUGGUGGUGGUGCCGGUUGUGUCGGAAGCGGGUCGCGAACGGCAACAAAGCGAUGCUAAGAGUGCAUCUGAAGACGCUCGCGAGAGUAGAUUGAAAGUUGGUGAAGUAAAAGUUGAACCGGUGGAUGUGGACGUCUCAACGACACACGUGGUGAAAAUAGAACGAGUAGAACCGGAACAGCAGUGCGUUCAGAACGAUUCAUCUGUCAAACCCACGCAGAAGCCGGCAUUGGAUGUUGUCAAAAUUAAGGUCGAACCGGAUGUAGUGAUCGACAACAAACGGAAAGGGUUUAUAGAAUGCAUAAGUCUCGAUUCGGAAGAGUCGGACACAGCGGAAGCAACAACCACCACCAAUGGAGUUCAAGAGCACCUCGAGACGACGAUGGAUGUUGGUGAAGUAAAGGUUGAACCAGAUUACUUGAUCCUGUCCGUAGAACUCGAGCAACCGACAAGUCCUUCGAAGGACUUUGAAACGGAAGUGGAAUCGGAUGACUGGGAAGACGAGAUAAGUGACGCAUCUACCAAAGCCGACGAAUCUGGCUUGUUGCAGUGUAAAAAGUGCCAUCGAAUGUUCGAACCAACCGGGUACAAACUACACGUGCUGAUUUGUACGGGAAAGCAACCUGCGCGAAUUUACAAAUGUCCGGAGUGUCCGAUUACGUUUACGAAGCAUCAUAAGUUGGUAGCCCACAAGAACAGACAUGCAGGCAUAACCCCGUACCAAUGCCGCAGGAAUUGCGAGAGAGGAUUCGCUUCUGCGGCGGUUCGAAACCGUCACGAAAUCAGAUGCGGGAUAGACGUUCAGAAAUGUAUGUUUUGCGAAAAACAGCUGGACAACCGGCUGCGCUUGUACGAGCACUACAGACUCGAGCAUCCCGGAGAGCCCAAGUUUGGCUGCUCGCAGUGUGAUAAACGAUUCAAACGGAAAGAGCACCUACAAUGUCACGAGAAACGGAUGCACUCGAGCGAACGUCCCCGGGAAUUGGUUUGCAAAGUGUGCGACAAGGCGUUUGUGGAAAAGCAAAACUUGCAGGUCCACAUGAAGGUGCACUCGGACGAGAAACCGUACCAGUGCGAUCAGUGUGGCAAACAGCUCAAAGCUAAGCACUCGCUGGACCUGCACAUGGCGUCCAAGCAUCCGGAGCUGGCAUCGGAGUACGGGCUGAAAGCAUUGGCCCGGAUGCAGCAGCGAUACAAGGAAAUUUCCAGCAAGCGGAAGCAGGAAAACAGGGUGCUGAAAAAGAGGGGACCGAAGCCGAAGAAACGGAAGCAAGAGUCGUCGGAGUCGGAAACGGAGUCUUCUGAGGAUUACACGGAGGAAUCGGAAACCGAGUGAUUUAUUCUGUUGGUGUUGCUUAAAGCGGGUUUAAUAAAGGCGUUUAUUUACAUUA